AUGCCCAUAGUCUCAAAUGAUCCCAGUACGUGGAGCCUGUCGGAUGAUGAUGUUGCUGCCUCUGCUGGGGUGAUGUAUGAUUGGGGUAAGCAAGAUAAGUAUCCAGGAACCGCUGAUAUCCUUAUGGUAGUAUUUCCAGCAUUGACAUUUGGGCAAGAGGUCGAACUGAUCUGGGACCCAGAUGCUGCAUAUGUCUCAUAUUCACCAUUCAGUGUUCCGACAAUCCCAGUUACAGAUUUAGGAUGCCUUAUCAUGGACUUCAUGGCAGAUUGGACGAAUAUUACCAUAAAUGUAAUACUGGGCGUCAUCAUGAUCACUCGGUUACAUGCCAUGUACCAGCAAUCCAGAAAGGUCCUGAUACUUCUCGGUGUCAUCUUCCUGAUUGUCAAUAUCACGAGCAUAGCGAUCCAAAUAUUAGCAGACCACACUAUGUUGGGGGAUGUCGCGCGUCUGACGUCCAUGACUUGGAUACUGGGCACUGUAUGGGAGGUCCUUGCACUGUGUCUCGCUGUCUGGAUUGCUGUAAAACAUUUUAGAGAACUGCGACAACAAUUGACAGGAGGGAUUCUCGGAGACUGUUUCACGGUGUUGAUGAAAUCUCAUGUGGGCUACUUUGCGAGCUUUGUUGCUGUUUCUUGCUUCGAGAUCGGUUAUGAGUUGUCGACGAUGCCAGCGGACCCAUAUUCCCUGAAAGUCCAGAUUUAUGUUGGGUUCAUUCUAAUAUUCGAGGUUGUGCAGUUAUUUGUGCUGGGACCACAUCUCAUCCUUGCCGUUCGAGAAUAUCACGCUAAGCUCGUGGACGACUCAGAUGCAGCAACUGCCAUGACUUCAAUUGCCUUCCAGGAGCGUGUACAUGUGUCAACUAGCAGUAGUGUGUAGCACGGGAAAUGCUCGAUGUCACUGUAAGGAUUGCAUAUCCUCUAUGCACCAAUCACGCUUCAAAACGAAGACGACGUGCCUCUGUUACUCUUCGCAUCCGAGUCACGCAGAUACAGUCUUU